AUGGGCUACGAAUCUGUCAGCUUCAAGGACGCCAUUGCGAACCGGCGGAGUAUCUACUCCCUCACCAAGAAGUCUACCAUCAGCGAUGGCAAGCUCAAGGAGAUCGUCGAGCAGGCUGUCAAGGAUGUGCCGAGUGCCUUCAACUCCCAGUCCGCUCGUGUCGUUGUUCUGGUCAAGGAAGAGCAUGACAAGUUCUGGGAUAUCGUCACGGCUAUCUUGAAGGCCCAUGUCCCUGAGUCUAAGUGGGAGCAUACCAGGCAGAGGAUGGAGGGCUUCAGUGGUGCUUACGGCACGAUACUCUUCUACGAAGAUCCCGAACCCAUCAAAACCCUGCAAUCCAAAUUCCCCAACUACGCCGACAAGUUCCCCCAAUGGUCCGAGCACACCUCCGCCAUGCACCAGUUCACCCUCUGGACGGCCCUCGAAGCCGAAGGUCUCGGUGCCAACCUCCAGCAUUAUAACCCUCUGCCUGAUCAGAAGGCUGCGGAUACUUGGAACAUCCCGCUUGAGUGGAGUCUCAAGGCGCAGCUUGUGUUUGGCGAGCCGGCGGAGGGUGCGAGGGAGAAGUUGGCGGACAAGGCGAGUGAGCCGGUUGAGAAGAGGGCUUUGUUUUUUGGGUUGUAG